CUUCAGCCUGAGUGCUGUACCGGUAAAUAAUAAAUGCCAUGAAGAGCGUGCGGUAUUUUUCCUAUGGCCGACUGUCUACUGUCAUACAGAAUACUUCAUAGCAUCUCAUCAUUGUUGUAAGAAUGCGCUAGAGGUACAAGUCUCCCGAUGCAACACAACAUUAAUUUACAUUCACAAUGGAAUGUGGAUGUGCACUAUGCUCUCGACUUUCCGAAGUGGUGGUGUAAAACCCUAGGCAUCUGGCCAUGGCAACGCAACAUUUUCUGUAUCGUGCAAACUAGUGGUAUUAUUUUGACAUCGGUGAUUACCACCAUAUUGUCAUCAGUCCAGCUACUGACAAAGGGUAAUUGCGGAGAGAUGAUAGAUUUACUAGAAAUCAUGAGCGGCAUCAUAGUUUAUGCAGAGACAGCUUUUAAAGUUCUUUCCCUUUGGCUCGGUCAACAACAAAUGCGUUAUAUUAUUUCAUCGAUAAUUGAUGAUUGGUCAAAUGCUACUGGAAAAGAAUCCCGAGAUAUCAUGUAUCGGAAUGCAUACUGGGGACGUUUAGUUUUUAUUUUACAAAUUGCAGGAGCAGUUCUGGCUAUGUUACUGACAGCGUGGAUUGACCGUCCAACUAUAAUAAGGGAGAUUUCACAAACCAAUAGAUCAAGAAAUAUGUUACUGGCACCUUCAUGCUGGGUUCCAGCCACGAUGCCUCUCAGUAUUUAUUUACUUUAUUACUAUUUGGUAUUCUUUUCUAUAUUGUGGGCAGUAUUGGCAUACACAGGGUGUGAUGCAUUUAUAUUCAAUACUGCUCUCCAUAUUUGUGGUCAGUUUGAAAUACUCGAGGUCGAUAUUAAAAAAAUUAAUGAUGGAGAUGAUCAUUUAAUGCAGAGAUGUAAAAUUAAAGAAUACUCCAAGAGACAUAAUCAAUUAAUUGAACUGGGGCAACACAUGGAUGUCUUAAUCAAUAUUAUCAUCCUGACGGAACUUCUGAGCAAUAGUAUUGCCAUUUGUGCCACAGGGGGUUUACUGCUUGUUAGCAUUCAAAGAGGUACUGUGGACCGUAUAGUAAUGAGCUACGCAGCAAGACUUUAUGUCUGGUACAUGGAACUUCUCAUGUAUUGCUAUGUUGGUGAAAAAUUAUCGAGCCACGCUGACAAAUUGCGGAGUGCUCUCUAUGAUUGUGCAUGGUACAAUAUGUCAAAAGAUAUUGUUAAAGAUAUGAUAUUUAUGAUAAUCCGUAAUAAUGUCUCCUGUCGCUUAACAGGAGGUCACUUCUUCGUCAUGAAUCAUGAAAGUUUUGCAAAAAUUACCAAAAUUAUGUUUUCCUUUUUGUCCGUUCUCAGAUUCAUGCUGCAAUUAAAUUGAUGAGAAUAUUUCUUUUAUUUUGUUAUUCUCCGUUAUUUUGAAAUUUCUUCAUUUUUUGAAACUGAAUAUAACGAUGUGCAAAUAUUGAGCUUUAGUUAUU